GCUUUUUUUUUUUUUUUUUUAACGUCAAGGUUGAGUUACUUGAAGCAGGAAUCUAGUUAAACUUUUGAGAAAAAAAAAGAGAUCCAUUUCCGAGACCUCCUUGAAACUUUUUUUUUAUCCGGCUUACGAGAGGCGCGCGCGCUAUCACGGUCGUAUAAUUUUUCUUCACUCUCUCUUUCUUUCCCCCCUCCUCCCCUUUUCAUCCUUAACUUCGACGUCACGUGUUCCAUUCUUUCGUCGUCAAAGGCCUCUCCUCCCUCUUUAUCGCUCUCCGAAGUGACUCGCUUGUCCCAUGUUUCCAGAAUUGAAUAUAUGCACGUGCAGUCCUAGUUACACACAGUCGUCGGAAUAUACAUGGCGUGACAGAAAUACACGUACCCGCGUUCAAUUCGUUUCGAAACAUUUUACGAGUGUGUAUCGGUGCAUGAGUCAGAGAGCUGAUUAGCAGCAAACGAUAACUAUAAACAGGAAGUUAAGUUUCCUACUUAUAAAGAUAUCGCGAGAAUUGUGCGAAGGUGAUAAAAAUCGAAACGUCCUUUUCUUUCUUUUUUUUCUUUUUUUUUUUUCGUAGCACGAAGAAAAGAUCGGGAUCGUGUACGGUACCCAGUUCCGCUAUUUUUCAUUUUUCUAGUUACGUACGGCGCGGUGGAAAGCGGGGUUGAAAAAAAAAAAAAAUGUUUUGCUUCGAAUCCACGCAUGUAGGUCCGUAUAAUGCUUUUACCGAAAGUAGGGCGACCGUUUCGAUCUUGAAACCACCCUCUUCUCAAUUCGCUGGAAUUUCACGAUCUGAUGCGUUUUUGAAACGUUUCAACGUCGCCUAUAUACCACCGCCUGCGCCUGUCGCGUAUUUCUUUUUCUGAAUAUAUCCAAUAUAAAACAAAAGGGGCCUCCGAUGCGAAAAGGGAACGAGAUAAAUGAGAAAUAAAUAGGAAACGCGAUACCACGGAAAUCGAUAUCGACGCAAGUUUCUACGACAUGGAGGAGGUUUGUAGUUUAUAAUUUUUAGACUUGAUCGUUAAGAAGAGGCAUAAGUUCCCUUGAAAAUUCUUUCUUCGCCGAGCGAAAGUUUCCUAUCGAUGACAAGUUACGUACGUACGUUGUAAGUAGAAUCGGUCUUUCAUUUUCCUUGUUCUUUGUAUCGUCCAACUUAUCGAACACGGUGGUGUAUAAAUAAAAAAUUAGAGCAAAGGAGGAACAAGGGAGAUGGAAUAGCGGAAUAAAUUUGAACGUUGAAAUGUCGUAAUAAAUCCAUCGAUUCGCCGGUUCUCUAACACGAAUCGUUUUUCUCCUAUAGCAACGACUAUACCUGUUACGAGGAAUUAUACUUCCUUCCCGGAAACCAUUGUUAAACGGGCUGUCUUCCUUAUCGACUGGUGUCACAGCCCAGCUUGAACGGUGUAGGACUCGAGCUUGCAACCCUCGAUUGAAGCACUCCCGAAAGAACUGCACCCUGGCGGGUAAGCCCCGAUGGGGAUAAUUCGUAGUUCCGGUAAUAUCCGCCAGAGCGGCGAUCCUGUCAUCCCUCCAUCCAUUUUCCCUCAUCUGCGUAGGUAGAAGGACAGGCUUAACAAUUUUUCUACCCUCGAGCAAAAGGUCUUUCCACUGUUUCCUUCCCCUUUAUCGAUCUCCCAGGGAUCUCGUUUCUGUUUCGAAGGUCGAACCAGCCGGGCAAUCGCGAAGAUCUCGAAUCGUAAUUUCUCCGCUGCUAGACGACGACUGAUCGUCGGAAUUUAGUGGUUGGUAUUCAGAAAUUACUAUCCUCGUGCAAACGUCGGUAUGCAUCCCCUGUACAAGGCGCGUCGCUGGUUGGCCGUCCUGUACACACGGACACAGACACACACGCGCCUCGUACGAACCACUUUCUGUCCCUCUCUAUCCUCACCUAUCCGAUUCCCGGUGACUAGAGGUAGAUAGGUAGGUAGGUAGAUAUCGACCCCGCGAGAUAUCAACUUCCUUCUUCUCCGUCUCUCCGUCUUCGCCUUCCUUCCUAUUUCUUCCUUCUUCCAUAAAACCCCCUAUCCUUCCUAAUUCCCCGCUCCUCCGUUAUCUUUACUUUUCUCGCGCAUUUCUCUUUUUUCCCGCCUCAUUUCGCCCCCCUUUCUUUCGUCCCCCCAUUCUUCCUUCCUUUCACGUCCAUUUUUCUCGGGCCUAUCCUAAUUCGGGACGUUGGGUUUAACGACGAUAGGCCACGACUUAGCCGUUAAACGCGAGUCUCUCUGGUCCCUGGCAAGAAGUACCGAAGCAACUCGACGAAUCCGAGCACGAGCUCCUUCGGACCCGGCGAUCUUAUUGAUUGUCUUAGCUUUCCUGCCGUCAUGCUCGCUCUCUCUCUCUCUCUCUCUCUCUUUCUCUCUCUCUUCCUCUCUCUCUUCCUUUUUCAUCGCCUGGUCUGCACGGGAAUACUUGCACACAUAAAGAGACGGUUCUCGUUCUUCUAUCUUCUAUCUAUCUCUGUUUGAUCCGCACUGGAAUAGGUACACAGGAAUUUUCUUUUUCCCCUCCCCUUCCUUCCCUCUUUCUUCCACUCCCUUUGACUCUCUUUCCAUCUUGUCGAAGACUCUCGUUCUCAGUUUCUCCCUCUCGUUUCUCUUGUUUUCUUCUCUUGGUAACUCGACGAGCUACCAAGUCGUUGACGACUAACGACCGGCGACUUACGUGUCCUGCUAACUUUGCCCCGUGUUCCACGAAAUGAACACUUACGUGAUAAAGGAAGAAGAGAGAGAGAGAGAGCCAGGACGGGGGAGGAAGCAUAAAGAGGGAAGGGAGGUUCGAAGUAAGAGCGAAAAAGAGAAAGCAAAGGAUUGAAGGAUUGGCCGAGGGAGAAGGAGGGAAACAAACGGAGAAAGGAGAGGGGAAAGGGAUAGAUAGUUGGACAGGAACCUCUGCCAACGUUCUAUUUAAAGCCGUGGGGGUAGCAGCAGCUAGCUGACUGGUAAUUUACGAGCUUAUACCAAAAAGUUGGACACCUUGGGGAUGGCUCCGCACUUUGACACGUGACCUACUUUUAUCGGGUUACGUAAUUGAUCGUCUCGCGCUUGCCCCGUUUGCGUCGCGAAAUCUACGAGGGCGAAUCCCCUUUCUCUUUCUUUCUAUCUUCCCUUCUAUUUCUUUUUAUUUUUCUUGGUCAUCACCUUGAUCUUCCAUUUCUCUCUCUCUCUCUCUCUUUCUCUCCCCCUCCACUCCUCUCUUUCUCUCUCCUAUUCUUUCGCCCCUAUCCUUCGGCAAACAAUAUUUUUCUUUUCUUGGAUUCUUUUCCUUUUCUUUUCGAACUUGUAUAUCGCGUAUUUCGUAAUCAAUUAUAAAAUUGCAGUCUUCUCUCUCUCUCUCUCUUUCUCUCUCCUUUUCUGUAAAAAUCUUUUCAAUUAAAUUCAUCGACAAUUUAAUCACCCUUCCAUUUGUGAAAAAAUGUUCAAGGCUGUACACCUUUUUAAUUCAAAUUACUUUUUCAUUCUUUAAGGUCGUUAGACACAGCGACGGGGGAUGAGCGAGCGACAGCUCUAUUUAUAUCGCAUUUAACACACGAGAAGACCUUUGGGUUAUUAGCCCUUUCAGCUUCGCGUGCUGACCUAAAUGACGUGCAAUUUAAAAUUCGUGCAACAUAUCGAUCCUCAAAAAUGUUCUACCUCCUCGCCUCCCGUGUGUAUUUGCGUAACGCGAUUUAAUUAUUUUUCUAUUUAUACGAUCAAACAGUAUCAAACGAGAUUCGCGGUAUGAUUUAUAACCGUUGCUCGUGUUCCCUGCGUGUGUGUGUACGUGUGCGCGUGCGUAAAGAGAAGCUCCCCUAUCGGAAACGUGAAAUGCAAUCUCAAAACCCGUAGCAAUUUCUCCUUCUUCUAUUGGCCAAAACGAUAAAUCUCCUCGUAAAUGAAUUCAGCUAUACGUAACGUUCCAUUUCGAUGGUUAGUCAGAAAUUAUGGAGCCACGAAACGUACGGAGUAAACUCGGCGCGAUACCAAAAAUUAGUUGGCGGUCCAGCUCUGGGAAACAAUACCGAUCAUCCCUGACCAUACGCUGGCCGUAAGCUCGAGAAUCAUGCACCUUAUGUGUUCCACUUUUGGCCCGUGCUCGGCUAAAAAUAACUUACCAUUUCUAUUUCCUUUGAUCUCCUCUAUUUUCCUAUUAUUCUUCUCUCGCGCGAUACAAACGUAGACCGAACGCGUUUUCAGCGCGUGUAAAUGUCGGAUUGUUUCAUCGCGACGAGGGACGGAGAAAGAAAAAAUGGAAAAAGAAGGAAGAAAUAUCAAAGAGAGAAGUCUCGGAAUGCGGAUACAGAUCGUGAGAGUAGCGCACGAAUUGAUCUAUUUCUCGCAAAUGGAGAUAUUGUAUCCAGAGUCCAACAAUAAUUCGCGAGAAGUAAUUUUUACCGUAUCUUCGUGGAAGAUGGAUAAAAAAUAAUUUUCGUAUUCGUGCAAUAAACAACAUCUUUGCCUAUAAAUCAACACGACGAGGAGGUGGCUGAGGAUGAAGUUGUUCAGAGUAGUAUCCAGGCUUAUUUCAUUUCGUCGGCGUGCUCCUAGUUACGAGAUCCGCUCAAUUACGAGUUCCUGGAUAAAUUACGAGUUUAUGCGAGAAAAUGUACGACCCCGGUGUGCAAGUGCCACCCCUCUGGUGCUCGACUCUGCGCACAUGCUCCGCACACGUCUGUGUAAACAGACCACACACGUUUCCCAAAGCCUAAUUCAGAUCUAACGGGUUAUACACGCGAAUUCACACGUACGUCCCGUGUUGCGUGCAGUGUGUGUGCGCGAAAGCGCCGCUUAAAUCCAUAUAAAUACAUGCCCAUGAAUCCAUCCAUUAAUCAGAUUCGCGAUAGGGGGGGUGGAACUCGGGCUCGACGCCCGAGUGAUUUCAACCCCCAUCCCUCGCCGCCUCUUUUUCUUUUUCCUCCUUUCCUUUUUUUUCCUCUCUCUCUCUCUCUCUUCCUCCCUUCCUUUCAUCGAUAUCUAUAGAAAGUCCAGUUGCAAGGGUCACUAGGAGAUGGCAGCACCUCCAUUAAAAUUCGACGCGAACUUUCUGCGAGAAUCCGAUGUAUGCUGUGUCAUGCCCUGCUUAUAGCUCUGUACAGCCUAGCUUGCAAGUCUGCAAAGGUACGGGGGCUGUCGUUCUACGUGUGGAAAAUACGUGUGUAGGCGCGAAGGCAGCCGGUUACAACCUACGACGACCACGACGACGACGACGACGACUCAUAGGUUGUGAGUGGAAUAUGGUUUAGGGGAUUGGAAGGGGGAUGAGGAUCGGAGGCUGUGCCUAUAUGUCCCCAAACGGGAGAAUCUGUUCAACAUUUUUCUCCUCGAUUCUUUUUUUCUUUCUCUCUUGAGAAUUCGUACUUUCCCCCUCUCUUUUAUAUUUCUCUUUCUCUGCCUCUCUCCUUCUCUCUGUUUCUCGUUUUUUUUUAUUUUCAACCGUUACAUCGAUUUGUUAACCGGUAACACGUUUGAUUCGAAAUGUACCUUUUUUUUUUCUCGCCCUCGAUUGGAAAUACCUACGCCGAGCGCAAAUAUUGAUGGCAGCUCGUGGAAACUUCCCCGUUGGCAGUAGAUAGGAUGUCAGGUGUUCGAUAAAUGCUGAAUCACUGCAAUUUUGCAUUUUUAAAGUCCUGCCCCUUCUGUCCUAGCCUAUUUCUCGCAGACCGUACUGCAAAUUUCCUGGGAGAAGGAAACGUGGAUUAUCCCUUUCCUCUCUCUUUUAUUUUUUAUCCCUUUCCUUUCUUCGUCUCCUCCCCCUCCCCCACUUCUUUUUUUUUCUAUCCUCACAGCGCAAAGCCGAUUUAUCGCCAAAUUGGAGAGAACGUUUUCUCGCUUGUCCCAGUUAAAUUAGCUCGGCUAAUUAAAAAAGGAGGGGAAGGGCGCAGAGAAGAAGUGGAAGAAGAAGCAGAAGAAAAAGAAGAAGAGGAAGAGAAAAAGAAAGGAAAAUAGGGAAGUUGUUUCUCGCAGCCGCGUCCUCUUUUUUUUUUUUUUUUCUUAUUCCCGGAUACUUUGCACCGAGCGGUUCUCGAGGGUUCUCGAGGGGGUGAAAGGUGGUAAAGCCUUAUAAAUCCGGCGAAUGGAAGAAGAAGAAGAAAAAAAAAAAGAAAGAAAGGAAGGAAAAAACAAGAAAAAUCACCAUUUUUAAAAAAAAAACACAAACGAAAGAGACUCGUUCAUACAGGAAUUAUCCCGCAUGCCGUUCUAAAUGCCGCAGAAGGACGGAUAACAAUCGAUUAUCGUGGCCCGACACGGAGCAACACUCGAGCGUAUUUCCAGCGUGCAGGAUGAUCCUGCGUCGGAAUGGAAGGGUAGAGUAGGUAGAGAAAUGUACGCUUAGGCAUUAAUUUGCAUUCUCGGUAAUCCUUAAUUUACAACUCCGCCGGAGUUUUCCAGAGGGUAGCAUCGGCGAGUUCUCCGCGGAAUUGGCUCGGUGUGCACCCACACCUUGGCGAGUGGAAACACGUAGAGGAGAACGGAUGCUGGUUCACGGAGGGAGGGAGGGGCUGGAGUGCAAGGGGUAGUGGUAGCUAAAGCGAGGUGGUGGGGGCUGGAUAUUGAAGUAGUGGAAAGGAGCAAGAGGGGUGGAGGGUGGAGGGAUUCGGUAGACAGGGGCUGUGGCUGGGGUAGUCGGCUGGUCGUUGGUGGGGGUUGGGGACUAUGAAAUGGCGGAAUAGGAAAGGGGUAGGGGACGUCGACGAUGGAAGGACGAAAAGAGGGGCGAUGGACGGAGGUCGAGAGUCGCGGGUUGGCUCACUCUGCGGCUCCCGCCGCUCGGGAGCAGACACGCGGGGCCAAAGACUAAUUUGAACCUAUUUUAUUAACAAAACAAAAACAUACAUAUUUGUAAAUAACACUAAAUAACACGAAGUAAUACACACGUCUCCUAAAGUCUCUUUAUCUACUCUAAAUAAAAAAAGAAAAAAGGAAACUCUUAGACCUCUGUAAAAAAAAAGCGAACAAACAAAAAGAACAAAAGGAACGCAAGCGACAAAGUAACUAUUUCCAGUCCCUAAGCGAAUCGUUACGAAGCCUAUAACGCGACGGAAACGAGGAUACGUGUGAAGAUAAAGCGAGGGAAAGAAAGAGAGUGAGCGAGAGAGAGAGAGAGAGAGAAAGAGGGAGGCUACCAUCGGUGGUGUCGGCAAGAGAAAGGCGCGCGUGCGAGAAAGAGAGAAAGGGUGAUAGAGAGAGAGAGAUAAGGAAGGAAGGAAGGAAGGAAGGAAGGAAAAACGGAAGAAGAGAGACGAACGAGAAAGCAAAGGAUUGAACGUGGUUAAAGGCGAUCGUAAAACGCGUCAGCUGUGGGCGAAUCUCUUUUUAAGUUCUCUCUGUACUGUGUGACCCUUACAUUAUUUUGUCCCUCCAGGGACAGGUUCAGUGUUGUAACUUAGGAUAUAAGAAGAAUAAGAGCUCCUGGAACGCACAACAAGAAAGAAAACUAAUAAAAGGGAAGAGUUGAAGAAAGAACGAGAGAAGGAGAGUGUGUGCUUGUGUGUGAGAGAGAGAGCGAGCGAGAGAGAGAGAGAGAGCGUGCGUGCGUGUGUGUGUGUGUGUGUCAGAAAGAGAAAGAGAGAGAGAGAGAGAAAGAGAGAGAUUCGAGAAAGGACUGAGACAAGAAGAGAACCAAGGUCGAAGAGGUACAGAGAACACUAAGAGAUAGACGUAGACGAAGAGGAGAGGAAGAAACGAAGAGAAGAUUCGUGGAAAAAAUUGUUCGUUGAAUUAAUCUACGAGAAUAAAAUGGGGCUCCAGUUUUUUAUACUAAUGCGAACAAGUAUUUAAAACGAAGAAGAGGAAGAGUACGGAAGAGAGAGGAUAAUAUAUAGAUCGAGAAGAAGAAGAAGAAGAAAAAGAAGAAAGUUCGAUCUUUAUCACGGUGUCAGACAGUUGUAUCUCCACGUGUGUUGUCCAUUACACGACGUCGCGUCGAGAAGGGUCUGCAACGUUUAUCGUGAAUCAUUAUCUGUCUGUGACUCUUGAUUCCUUUAGGGGAGAAGCGGGCGGAAUAAAUUCGAUUGACUUUUGAAACGAGGGUAGAAUAAUUCGAACGAACAACCUGGCUCGCGUACACGAUUCUUUGGGGGAUAUGUCCUGCCGUUCUAAGGGGAAUCACCACCCACGUGCACGAGCCUCACGCAGAGGACAACGCCAAGCGAGUCGUGUUUCCAUCCUAGAACCCGGCAGCAAGCUCUCCUGACAAAAAGAGUGCCGUCGUAGCUUGUCACGGUCUAGAAUCGCGAACACCGACCAUUGUCGAGUCGCCAUAUCAACCGCACACUCGUCCAAAUUCACGAGGAGCCUGGGGAUGUCUGCGAGAGCACAGAAACGAUCGCGCUACGCGUACGUUCAGGGACGAUGACGAUCGGCCACGAUCGGUAAGAUCCAAGAAGCGGUCGCUCUGACGAGCGCCACGGAAAUGGCGGGCUACAAUCAUUCGAAUCCACAGCGUGUCGUCUAUCAUGCGACCUACCCGACGCCUCUCGCACCAAAUGGAGAUCCGAUAAAACUUCCGGAGAAUUUGGAGACCUUGCCACGAGCUGAACAUUUUCCAACUCAGAGGCACCGAUGGAACACCAACGAGGAGAUUGCUGCCAUCUUGAUCAGUUUCCAAAGACACGCGGAAUGGCAAAGUCGGGAGGUGAAGGUACGACCUCGAAGUGGUUCGAUGUUACUGUACUCGAGAAAGAAAGUCCGUUACCGGCGGGACGGUUAUUGCUGGAAGAAACGGAAAGAUGGUAAAACUACACGAGAGGAUCACAUGAAACUGAAGGUGCAGGGGGUCGAGUGCAUCUACGGCUGUUACGUGCACUCGGCGAUCCUUCCGACGUUUCAUCGGCGAUGUUAUUGGCUACUACAGAAUCCAGACGUCGUCCUCGUUCACUACCUAAACGUUCCUUACCCGGACGGUGAUGCAAAGCUAGCGGCGCUGCCACCGUGUCUCGCACUGCCGCCAGACAAGAAGGAGUGGACGCGUGACGAGCUGGCCUCUCAGCUUAGACCUAUGUUCCUCGGUGGAGACGACGAUCCGAACAAUCCUCACCUUACUCAACACUCGAAUCAUCCCGUCGACAUGAUAGUUUCUCAACUGUUGGACAGACAGAGAGCAUCUUCCACUUCCUCUACCACCAGCACCCAGCUUGCACCUAGGAGACUAACGCCGGACAAUCAGGUUUCUUCGACUACCGGUGGUCAGCAAUCGUCGACAUCAGCCUCACCGGCUCCUCGCGUAUACUCAAGACAUUCCCACACGACUCAAAGCCAACAACCGGCUCCUUUAGUUUUAAGUUUGCAACAGAUUCAAGGUGGUGGCGGUCUUCUGAUACUCAACAGCCAACCGUAUCACCAUCAGCAACAACAGCAGCAGCAGCAGCAACAACAACAGCAGCAGCAGCAGCAGCAACAACAGCAGCAGCAGCAGCAACAGCAGCAACAACAACAAAGUCAACAAGUGGAAAUGCAACAGGUCCCGGAGCAACAAAUUGUACAGCAGACGAGCGUGGACAGGGAGCAACAGACCCAGCAGGAAAUAGAAGCCCAGGAGAGUAUGGAUCGUAGCACGGUGCAAUCGUUGCCGAUCGGUGGCGCCGGCCCCGAGGUCACCGAUUUCGCCGAGACUUUGGACCUGAGUCAAGAGGACAUUCAGCGAACGUUAUCAGCGAACAUGGUACCACCAUCCCCGUCCCCCUCCCCGGCGGACAACAGUAUGAUCAAUCCAAUGGAUUUCAUCGAUUCGUCGGACGACGUCCUCGUCAAUUUGGACGCGUUCGACGUGUUCGGUGAUUUGCCGGAACUUCACGAUUUCGAGGCUGAGCAGACUAAGGCCGAGGAGAGGGGAGGGUCCGAUAACGACGUGGGAUGUCAUCCUGGAACAACCGUCCAUAUCGCGGAGUACAGCCCGGAGUGGAGUUAUACCGAAGGUGGUGUAAAGGUAUUGGUCGCUGGCCCUUGGACCGGCGGGAGCAAUUCCCAAUCUUAUUCGGUGUUGUUCGACGCCGAACCGGUCGAAGCGUGUUUGGUACAACCAGGAGUGUUGCGGUGUCGUUGUCCAGCUCAUGCUCCGGGGAUAGCGUCUCUUCAGGUGGCGUGUGACGGCUUCGUCGUUUCCGAUAGCGUUGCCUUCGAAUAUCGUCGAGCACCGACAACCGAGCCAAGCCCGGAACGAGCUCUCUUGGAUCGUUUGGCGGAUGUUGAGUCACGUUUGCAGGGGCCGGGUCCCCCGUCUCCCGCAGCGCAUCUGGAAGAGCGACUAGUGGCGUAUUGUCAAGAUGCUGUUGUCCGUCCGUGGCGAGCCGGAGCGGAACCGUUACAAUCCGGCGGCCCUACUCUCUUACAUUUGGCCGCAGGAUUGGGCUACUCCAGGUUAGCUUGUGCGCUCCUUCACUGGAGAGCGGAAAAUCCUAGUAGCGUGUUAGAUGCCGAGGUCGAUGCUCUGAGGCAAGAUAGCGCCGGUCUUACGCCGCUCGCUUGGGCUUGCGCGGCAGGGCACGCGGAUACUGCCAGAAUUCUGUACAGAUGGAACGCAAUGGCGCUUCGCGUGAGGGAUUGUCAGAACAGAACCGCGACCGAGUUAGCGGCGGAGAACGGUCACACGGCGAUCGCUGAAGAAUUGAAUCGACUCGAAGCGAGAAGACAAGACGAGAGGCUUUUCUUGCGACCUGCCAGCCCUAGCCCUAGGAGGCCAUCUCAAGACAGCGGUCUCGAUCUGGCGUUGUGUGGCUCGCCGCUGCUGGACAACAUGGAAUUGUUGCAAGAGGAUGACUCGUCAUUAGCCCUCAGCGAGCAGGGAAUGGAAAGCGCUCCGACCCCUCAGGAGACUGUAGGGGAAGAAGACGCGAGGGUGCUGACAUUGGCUGAGCAAAUUAUAGCAGCGCUACCGGAAAGGAUCAAGAGAGCGGAAGGUGAUUCUCCGUCUUCUUCCUCGCCACCUCCCCCGGCACCGCCCUUGUCAUCUCUGGAGGAUGCUUUGAUGGAACAAAUGCCGCUCGAUUCUGGAGAAUUGUUCGACUCGUAUCGUGAGUGCAGUGGAGGAGCGGCAUCAGUCUCGGAUGCUGACGCAGAUGCUAGUCCUUCGAGUCCAUCUAGCAGCUGCCUCACACCGGACUCGCCAUCUCCACCGCCUACGACGGCCGACUUCUGCGAAUUCUUGCAGCUGCAGUUGCAGCUUGACGGCAAUAACGGCCAUAACGGCCAGUAUUAUUCGACCGGUGGAGAUCGAAAGUUCGGUAACGUGAUUGGAUCUGGGAUUUGCGGGACUGUGACAGGUGGAGGUAACGGAAACGGUGAUGGGAACGAAGCGGAUCUGAGCAGGCUAACUCUGUCCGAUCGGGAGCAAAGAGAGCUUUAUCACGCCGCUAGAAUGAUCCAGAAAGCCUACAGAAAUUACAAGGGGCGACAGAGGCAGGAGGAAGCGGAGAGACACGCUGCUGUACUCAUCCAACAAUAUUAUCGUCGACAUAAACAGUACGCUUAUUUUAGACAAGCUACGAAAGCUGCUCUGGUGAUACAAAGUAACUACAGGAAUUAUCGCUCGCGUCCUGGCUCGGCCAGCUCGAGGCAGCAAGCGGUUCAUCAGCAGGCUGCUCAUCAAGCUGCAAGGAAGAUUCAACAGUUUAUGCGGCAAUCGAAAAUCAAGCUGCAGAACGCCAGGGCCGCCGCAAACGGGAACGGGAGGCCGCCAGCGGGCAUUUUACGGGCGGUUGCUGCCCCCCAAAGCUCGCCCUCAUCUAGCCCAGGGGCCAGCCUAGUAGCCGCCAACCCAGAGGUCACUUAAUCGACUGUCGAUCGAACGGCACACAAAAUGGUGAUGAUACGUCGGACACAAAGUAAUAGAGCCUAGCCACCCAAUUUUAACUAGUGGUCGCCAAGUUACGGGCCAAGUUGCCGUCGAGGCCGAAUAUCGUCGAGGUUCGCGGAAAGGAAAGAAAGAAAAAAAAAAGAAAAAAAAGAAAAGGGUUCCAAGGAAUAUUACACGAAGUCCAAGAAAUCCUUUGACGAUCAACAACCGACACGGACACGCUUUACUCUCUUACAUCCCUGAUCACGUACCUGCCUUUCGAUCUUAAACGAAAAUCUCUCCACCAUCUCUUUGACCCACGGUUCAGACGAGGGAUUCGUGUCGUCAUCCCGAUCUACCUUUUCGUUUCACUUCACAAUUUAUUCCGAAGCUGCCGUUUAAUAUAUCCAUUUCCUGCAUUUCUUUCCUCGGUCGACAUGACGCUAAGUGGUAUCAGAGGUAGGUGGUCUAUCAUGGUCUCUCUGACACGUUCGUAUAUACAUAUACAUAUAUGUAUACAUAUAUAUAUGUAUAUACGUGUUGCAAGGCGAUUCAAGCAUAAUAUAUAAUGCACUCAUUGAUUUCGAAUCAUUCAUUUAAAUUCAGUCGAAUUCAUGUUCGUAGAAUUGCCGCUCAAUGUGGCAUCCAAUUAUCCGACAAUUAUUUUUCACGAUUAACAAGUACAAAAAGAAGCUAUCUUUUCUGUGUUGCCCAAAUCCUUUUUUUUUUCUUUGAAGAACGACGAUAUUUGCAUUGAUUUUUGACACAUUGUAUAAAUACUUUUCCUUUUUCCUUUCCUUUUUUUCAUCCUUUGCAAAUCAAAUUGGAAUUUGAACGAUUGAACUUUCUUCAAGUCCGUUUGUUCGCGUUGUCGCGUGUCCAACGCGUCGAAGUGUUCCACGCGAUAAUACUAAGUUGUACGCGGUGUUGUUCAUUUCCUUUUUCUUUUUUUUUUUUUUCUUUUUACCUUAACUAAGUACGAUUUACGUAAACGAUACAAGACUCGACGUAGACAACGACGAUGGAAGAACAGUAUUGUUAAAAACUUGUAGAAACGUCGUUAAGGGAGAAUUUUUCUUUCUUAUUCUUUUCUUUUUUUUUUGUAUGAUUCACACGUAUACAUACAUAUACACGUACACACAUACAGACAUAAAAAUACUUGCGUGUACUAUUUUACGUUUUCCCAUAUUAAUCUCGGAGUGAGAGAGAUGAAAAAGAAUAUAUUAAAUAUUUAUAUCGCGCGUUAUUUUAAACGAGAACUUAAAGACGUUCUAUUUGCUUGCUUUUUUUUUUUUUUAACUUUUAUUAAUAUUAAGUAUUUAAUGUUUAAAAAAAAGCGAUCGAAAUUCGACACGCCAGUCUUUUAUUUUAUUUGUAGCUGUCGUAUCGAACGCUUUUCCUUAUUUAUUUCUCACUAUAUAUAUAUAGCUUUAUUCGCGAAAUCGAAUUUUUGAAUCAAAAGAGAUUCGAAUCUCGUGUCAUUUUUUUCAUUUCUUUUUUUUCUUUUCUCUUCUUUUCUCUUCUUUCUUCUUUUCUUUUUUCUUUUCUUUCUUUUUUUUUCUUUUUUUUUUUUUUUCUCUUUACGAUCGAGCAUGAUGCGAAUGUUUGAUUGAUAAUACGGUGCAAUAUCCAUUGAAUAUACGUGAACGUUCAGAAGAUAUUUACGAUACUGCAUAAUCGAAAUUAGGUGGCAGCAUUGAUCUCUUCUUUGCACGAUACAAUUUCUUUGUUGCUUUAAAAAUAAGAAGAUACGAUUCAGGUCGAUGAACGAGAAAGACAUCUUAUUUUCGCUGAAGUAUCUGGUGUAUUUGAGAUCUGAGGAAGAGAGAGAGAGAGAGAGAGAGAGAGAGAGAGAGAGAGAGAGAGAGAGAGAGAGAGAGAGCAUGGACGAGUGAGCGUGUGAGCUGCUAGAGAAAUAAAACGAAAAAAAAAAAAAAAAGAAAAUGUGAGAACUAGAGAGAGUUUAAACAAAAAAGUAAGAAGUAAAAGCAACUUAAAAAAAAAAAAAAAAAAACCAUAAAAAAAUCAAGAGCCCUUUCUCUAUUUAAACGGGGGGGCACUUCAUCCACGGGCUGUGCUUAAAGUCACAGUAUAAUCAACUUUGUAGAAUUAUAUUAGGAUAAGAUAGUCGAUUACAUUGUUACAAAACUACCUACCGUUUCUCUCUCCAGUAGGGGAUUUUUUUAAAGGUUCUUUAGAUAAAAAAAAAAAGUGGGGGAAAAAAAAAUAGAGGUAAAUUAAGGUGUAGCGAGGCGGAAUAUAUGCGCACGGGGGCACAGCCGUGGUACCCGCGUUCAAAUUCAUUUAAGAAGACAAAAAUCUAUUGUGAUAAAUUAAUGGUGAUCCAAGAAAGUAUUUCCGCGGAAAAUACUAAAGAAAAAAAAAAAGUUACGCAAAAAAAUAAAAAAAUCGAACGUCUCGACGUCCACUGGGGACACACGAGACGCCGAGACGAAAAAAACAGACAGACAGACAGAUAAAUCCGGUAUGAUCAGUUUUGAGAUUAACGCCGUCAGAUCUGUCGGGAGAAUCUGUUGAUAGAAGGACCGAUUGAUCCUUGUCUUCGAUAUAUAUAUAUAUAUAUAUGUAUGUAUAUGUAAUAAUAUAAUAUAUAUAUAUAUAUAUAUAUUAAAGAUAAAAAGUAAAAAAAAAAGAAAAAAAAAUUAAUAAGAAUCCUGUGUUGAUCCUCCGGUGUUUAAGACAAACUAUGAGGUUUUUGUAGCGAGAUAAUUAUUGUGCGGAGCGCGAAUGGGAGAAAGAGAGAAAAGAAAUGAAUUAUGAUAAAACUGUACACACGAGUCAAUUCCAACGAGCAUUUUCAUGCCAUUAAGCUUAAAGAAUUAUUAGUUGAUAAUGAAAAACAAAACAAAAAAAAAAAGAAAAAAAAAGAGACGAUAAGACCGGGAAGGGUGCGAAUGGAAGAAGAGGAAGAAAGAGAAUAACAAAUUCUUACACUCUUUUAAUCAUUGUUAAUUAAUUAAUUAAUUAAUUAAUCACGAUCCUAUCGAUACUUAAAAUGAGACGAGUAAAAUAAUAAUUAUUAUUAUAUACACAAAACUAUUAUUAUAUUCAUAUUUUUGCUUAUUACAUAUUUAAGAAAAUAUUAAACGAGGGCUAGCGAGUAUAGUAUACAUUACUAAAAGAAAACAAAAAAAAAAAAUGAUUAAAAAGAAAAAAAAAAGGGGGAGCGAGGCCGAUGGCGAAAAGGAAAUCUCACUUUAGGAAUAUUUUUUAGUCUGUCGGGCUUGUACAACUUUCGUGCGUGGCAAUCAAUUUUCGAAUUUUACCAUUAAUGUUAAUAAUGUUAUUUUUUUUCGAGAAGCGAAAAUAAAAGAGGAGAGAAAAAUUAGAACUUUGUACACACGCCGAGAUAAAUGGGUUUUCUUCUUUUUUUUUUUUUUCUUCCGAGUUUCCGAGACAGUGGCCCGAUCUUCGAAUGCAGCGGUUACGUCGCUUUUCCGAUAUUUUCGAGAACCAAAGAGAAAAAAAAAAAAAAAAAAAGAAGAAAAGAAAUAUCGAAACAGGAGUGAUUAAAGGAAAAGUUUAAUAAAAUGAAAUUUGCACACAGUAUUUUUCGGUCGUGAUUAAGAAAAGUUCCCAUGAUGGAAAAGGCGACGCCGCGGACAAAAUAUUUCAGAAGUUCCCCGUUAUUAUUCUUAGAAUCGCCACUUAAAUUACCACGUACAUCAAGAUUAUCGAGGUAUGGAGAACAUGGCGGGAUUAAAAAUAAAAAAAUGAGAAAAUGCUAAAAAAUAAUAUUAAUUAAAAGACAUCGCUAGGGUAGGCGCUUCGAGGAUACAUAAACUUUAAAAGUCACUUAAUAAAAAUUAUUCUCAAAAUAUAAAAGUUUAAUAAGUAAAAAAAUUUUUAAAUCUACGUAAGAAAGCCAAGAGUCAAAGACGACUAGAUGAUAGGAGCCGCAUGGCCUAACUGCUGCCACUUUAAUUAAUUAUAAAUAAUUAAUUAUAACUUUAUUACUACUUAAUUAAACUCGAUACAAAUGAGAAAAUAUGUCAUGCCACUUUUCAAACUAAACUUUCUAGAUGCAGAGACGAAUCAGUAGGUAUAGAAGACUAUUAAAAGAAAACUUCUCUUCUAAUUGGGAAUGAUUGAUUCGCGCUAUAGAUUCGAAUAUUUCCAAUUGUCCAGUCUCCAGAAAAUCGCACGAGAUAUAUACGCGUGUAAGAUGCCUCGUUAUAAACCAGCACGACUGUUCACACACGAAAAUUGGCAUUUCAAAUUGCAUAUAGGAAUUCGUUAUCUGUCCUCGAAGAAAUACAUACAGAAAUACAUUUUCUUUCUUUCAAACGAGCUGAAAAUACUAUCGGCAUCAUAUACUACGUGUUUCUUCAUUCUAUCGGUCGAAAAAAAGAAAAAAAGAAAAAAAAGAAAAAAAAAGAAAGAAAGAAAGGACGGAGAAGCACUUGCGAGAUUGAUUUCAUAAGAGAAAAAAAGGAGAAAAAAGGGGGAAAAAAUUGUACAAAAGAAAAAAAAGAAUUUUGCAUGUCCACGCGUUUUUUACGACGAGAUACGACGAGCUUCGAUCUUGAUGUCAUGUUGGUGUAUCACGGGUCAUCCUGUAGAACGUUUGUAUCACGAUGUCGAAAAGGUCGAAACGAUCGGAUAUCGGUGCCUAGCUCAUGUUCUACUCACUGUUCCUUGAUUAAGACGGUCACUUUGUACCUGCUUGCUGCCUGCCUGGCCCGUGCGUUACAUAAACAUAUUUCUAGUCUUAUCGAGGUGAUCAAUCCUCUGUAUUUUACUCGAUAAUAACGUCCAAGCAUGUCGCGUACUUUCGUUGUGAUAAUCCGACGGCGUGGCGUCCCGACGGCCCUUGCCGUCCAUGCGGUUUUUCUACACGAUAUCGAGGAAGCGUAACGCCGAUUAAUUAUUUGUUAUAUCCCAUUCGAUUUCGCGAAGAGCAACUAUCCCGGAAGGUUGAUGGUUUCGACAGCUGUUUCGACAUCUACAUCCAGCCGACGUUUGAAUUCACGUUCGAAAAUUCACGAAGCUGAUUUUCUUGGAUACAUAUAUACAUAUAUAUAUAUAUAUAUAUAUAUACACACACGCAUAUAUAUAUAUAUAUACAUACAUAUUUCCUUGUCAUUGGGCAAGACGUAACAUGAACGAUGAUCGAUUGUCGACACGUGGUCAAUCCGUGGUUCCAAGGGAAUCCAUCUGAUCGCGUGAAUUUUGGAACGAUGGCUGCAAUAAAUUUAAACAAGUUCGUGCUACUUUUAGUGGAAACGAAUAAUGGUAAAUGGCUCCAUCUCUUGUAAUAUUUUUAUUAUCGCAAACGUAAUAUUACAUUAUUAUUAAAUUAUAUUAAAUAAAGGAUUACGCCACUGUUUAUUAUUUAUUGACUAACGUUCGACUAAUAUUGUAAAUAAUAACGAAAAUAUUUUAUCUAUAUUUCCGAUCCGGAGGUGUUGGGCGGGGCAGCGUAUUACCUCUUGUCCGCCCUUAUGGCGAUCCUACGAUCGCCUGUUCGCCCACCCCCUAUUGUUACACCAUUUCAUCAUUGCAUUUAAUAAAUUAUAUAUUUAUUGA